UCAGUGCUCAGUGUCAAAGCACGGAGCGCUUAUCGCAGAACGGGUCUGGGAGAAUUAUUACAUACAUGGUGCAUUUCUCCGUGGACUUUCUGCACAACAGUCAAUCUUUGGGUUAUCAGAGUAAAGCGGUCUACGAGGAAAACAUGUGCAACACAGAGGAGAGUUGUGCCGUGCUGGGCUCGAGGCAGCGGGCUCCAGGGCCUCUGUGGUGCUCCGAUGCCCCUCUCCCACUAACGAAGAUCCCGGGUGGGCGAGGGACAAGCAGGGAUCUCCCUCACAGCGUACUGCACAAGGACGAAAAGCUGACGGUGACCCAGGCGGGGUCGGUAAGUGGAGCGCCCCCUGUCCUGCACUUCCAGUACCAGUUGAGCGAGCGACGGUUCUUCUGCUGGGACGCGGUUUUGUCAGACGACGCACUCUACCUGGAAAUCCCCGCUGGAGCUCUUCACAAUGGCAGCAGAGAAGGUUUCACCAGGCUGCUGGAGUUUGCAGAGGAGCAGUUGAAAGUCAGCUACGUGUUCCUGUGGCUUCAGAAAAACAGAGACGAUCGAUUGUCCAUCAUGAAGACUUUCCACUACAUGGGUUUUGAAGUAGUAAAACCAGGUCACCCGCUGGUGCCGGCCCGACCUGAUCUUCUCUUCAUGGUCUAUUCCAUGGACAGCAGCAGUUCUGAUGAAGAGUGACCAUCACACUCUCACUCUUAAAAUGCCCCCACCCCCUUCCUCCCCCUCGAUACCUCUGCAUCAGUGACUUUUAAGACAGGGGGAGGGGCGGAGCUGAGCCCACUAACACUCUGAUUGGUUCAGCUUCCAUUAUGAUCCCACCGAUCGGUUCUGAUUGGUCGUUCCAUCAGCGGGAGGUGGGGUGGUGCUAACGCAGAAAUCCAGCAUAUCCUCUCUGUUAAUUCACACCAUAUAUCAAACUGUCUAUACUGUCGUGUACACUACGUAUGGAACAUUCAGAACAGGAUACAGAUCGCAGACACGGUAGUGAUAACUUUUACAGAAGGGAAUGGAUUUGUAACCAAUUGUAGACUGUUUCCACUGGCUGAUAAUGGUGAAAACCAAAGAAAUGGUUUUAUCUUUGGUUUAUUCCAAACUGACAGUCUCUGUUCUGGUUUUACUCUUCUUUAGGAGUUUCAGCUGAAACUUUCACUAGUUAAUCAUUCAAUGUUCUCAGAGGAAACAAGCUGAAUAGCUCUUAGCAACUAAGACUCGACUUCAACAGCGUAGUUCGCCCUUCAAACACUUGUUUGCAUUUAUGCUGUGUUCCAUUCAAGUCAGAACUUCAGAAUUUCAAACUUCCAAUAUACAAAAGUGCAAUAGAAUGCACUUCAAAAUGCAAAAUUGUAUGAAAACUGCGAGAUGUGCACAGUUGAUGUUAAACAUUCAGUUUUGAGCUAACAAAGCACAUCAAUAAGACAAAGUUGUCCUCAUUAUAUCAAACGCUGCAGUAACAGAUGUGUAAAACAAUAAAUGAUCCUCACUGUUGAUGAUCACACAUUUGCAUAUUACUAUUUUAUAUAUAUAUCAUCCAAACGUCAUGCAGUAAACAGCUUAUUUUGCCAGUUAAAGAUAUUGGAUGGAACGCAGCAUUCUAGCGAAGUUCAUCAAAACAGUGCAUCAUUCCAGACCCCAACAAGGCACUUGAGUUUAAGUUUAGAUUGAGUUUAGUUUGUGAGGUUUGCUUUUAACAAAUUCUUUUAGUAGAGGUUGUUCAAUCAGGCUUUUUAUUCUUUAAAAACAAAGCCAGACAUGAAAACUUCUAGAUGCAUGAGCAUGUUUGUGAUGAAGUCAUUCUAGUUUUGAAAAUCCUGAAGCUCCUCAUUUUUAUUUAGGGAGAUGCAGAGGUCUUCUACAUGAGUCUUACUGUAGUCCAUCACACCUUUUGUCUUCACCAUCCCAAACCAACAGGAAACAUGAGAGCGAACCAACCCCACCCUCAGCCCCUCAGGGGCUUUAACACAAGCACUUUAGGAAAACACAAGCAAUUCAGCCCACGGUGCAUCGCACAUCCGUUACAGCGAGAUGUGCUUCGAGCCGUCAAGACGUCUUGCGGUGUUUAGUGAACUUGACAUACUUGCCAAAGAUAAUGGUCUCCAUUCAAAGAGAACGCCUCAAGUUUCAUUCAGAUAAGACUGGUGAAUCUACCGUAGCAGCACCUUCAGAUAGCAGGCUUGGUCCCGGCACAGUCAGGUAUAACAUGCAAAAACAUUCCCUGAAACGGAAGCCUCUGUUUCUUUGAUUCUUUGUCAUCUCUGUGGAUAAUUAGGUGCAAUGCAGUUCUGUAUACUUCUGAGCGGGAUGGCCUUUAGGUUUUGCAUGUGUAAAUAGAUCUUACCUUUCCUCAUGGGCUGUGACAAUAAGCUUUUAGAGAAUGUUUUUUGUUCAUCCACUUAAAAUUUUAUUUUUAUCUAUAUGAUUUAUUUUGUCUAUACUGGUUGAUUUUUUUGUAGUGUAGAAUUUAGAUUAAAUCAGAUAUCAUUUAAUGACAAUCUACACUUGUAUACCUUGAACCUUUUCCUUAUGUCCAAAUAAAACACGUGACAAAACAAAA